AUGGUCCCUGAAAAAGAAAUAUUGCACGGUUUUGUACCAAACAUUACACAUUAUGGUACGUCGGACUACACAGUGGGAGUUACAGGUGCAUACCAUCCCGCAUCUACGCCCGAGUUGUUACCAACAACUCCACACAAAGUGGUAUGUGGUAGCUGGAGUAGUACUGCUGGAAUAUGGGGAGAUGUGAAGCAAGAUGUUAUACCAGCAGCACGCUGCUGGUAG